UCAUCAGAGAUUCCGGAUGUCUGCUGUCGUAAGAGGAAAAUUUGUUUUCUGCUUCUCAUUCUUGACAGCUUGUUUGCAGCCGGGCUGCUGAUGAAAGUUGAUGUAGCGAACUAGAUAUUCAACCCAACGUUUCGGCGGUACAAAAUCUGACUGGGAUGGUAUCAUGGAGAGAGACAAUCAUCAAGAAGGAGAGGCACAGGGAGUGAAGAUUUGUGAACCAUCCUGUGAGAGCAAUCCACCUGCUGACACGUUGGCAACUUCUCUCUCCCUCUUGGGGAAUCACAUGUUCCCAGAUCCUGUGGAGAGAAACCACAGCGCCACUGUCAGCAAAGAGGAGCCUGCAGAUUCACUCCCGUCUGAUGCUGUAGCCGAGGAGAAGAGUCAGGAUGCAGAGCCCGAUUCAAACCAGGUAACAAAGCUAGAGACUGAGGCGACAGAAAACUCUGAGUGUCAGAACAAUGCGUCUGCGCAGCCGUCUGACACAGAGACAGAGGAUGCUGCCACUGACAAUGACCGCAGCGACUCUGGGGAGUUUGUCGUUACAAUGCUGGCCAAGGCCAAGCUGGAGGAGCAAGGUAUAGGUGUGAAGGGAAGGUCAUCUCCCUUGUUGGAGGCAGGCACCCAGGAAACUCCAGCUUUUAUGUCUCAUCGUGACGAGGAUGUGACAACUGACAGCUGGCGGCAGCACAGGAAGCAUGUUUUUGUGCUGAGCGAAGCAGGCAAACCCAUCUAUUCCCGAUACGGAAGUGAAGAGGCUCUUUCAUCCACAAUGGGAGUCAUGAUGGCGCUGGUGUCCUUUGUUCAAAGUGGAGAUAAUAUCAUCCGCUCGGUCUAUUCAGAGGGGCACACCGUGGUGUUCUUACAGAAAGGGCCCCUCGUGCUGGUGUGUGUCUCCAGCAGCCGUCAGUCUGAGCAGCAGCUGCGUGGAGAGCUCCUCUAUGUGUACUAUCAGAUCAUCAGCAUGCUCACCCAGGCCAGCAUAUCCCGCAUCUUCGAACACAAGAAAAACUACGACCUGAGGAGGCUCCUGGCAGGCUCCGAGAAGAUCCUGGACGGUCUUCUCAACCUGGUGGACUCUGACCCCAGCUUUCUGCUAGCAGCAGUGCACUGCCUGCCCCUAGCUUCUUCUCUCAGGGACUCUCUCAGCCAGAUCCUGCAGAAAGCGAUCACCCCCAAUCUGGUUUUCUCCAUCCUCAUUGCCAAUAACCAGCUACUCACCAUCGUCCAAGAAAAGACAGUCAUCGAGGACACCAGGCUGGAGCCCGCUGACGUCCACCUCCUGCUCAACCUCAUCGGAGCCUCCUCUGCCUUUCAGGCUGGGGAGAUCUGGACUCCCAUCUGUCUCCCACUCUUUAAUCCUGACUGUUACUUUUAUGCAUACAUUUCUUACCUGGACCCUCCAGAAUGCACUGUUUGCUUGCUGCUGCUCUCGACAGACAAGGAGGCUUUCUACGCUGUAGCUGAGUGCAAGAGGAAGAUAGAGGAGGCCAUGACGGCUCAGAACUCCCUGAGCCUCAUUGCCAAAGUCCAGUCGUACAGCGUGAGCCAGGUGGGCGUCUCAGACCUCAGACACUUCAUGUACAAGCCCUUUGAUGUGCCAGACAACUACCGCCAGCUCACUCAGUUCACCAGCCCAGAGAUGGAGGCACCGUACAGCAGCGAGGAGGAGAAAAUGAGACUGCUGGACCUUUAUCGUUAUAUGCACAGCCGCAUCCACAGCACCUCACGACCCCUCAAGCUCAUCUACCACGUCGCUGAGAGGGAAACUCUGCUAGCCUGGGUCACCAGUAAGUUUGAGCUGUACACCUGCUUCAGUCCUCUGGUGACAAAGGCCUGCGCUAUUACUGCUAUCACUAAGCUCCUAAGGUGGAUUAAAAAGGAGGAGGACCGUCUCUUCAUCAGAUAUCCCCCAAAGUAUUCAACCACCCCAAAUCCCAGCAAGAGCUCUCGAGGUGGCAAAUCUGACCAGCAAGACUCCACAGAUAACGGCUUCUUAUCUCUUCUAUAGGACUCUCCCUUAGUGCUACAAUAGUCACUCCGCCUCAUUCAACAAUAGUUUGUACACUGGUUCCGAGACAUUUUUGAACCUUCUUUUGACACUUGUUGGACUCGACAGACACUGACUACUGGAAUCAAACACUACAAAAGUUUUACACUAUUUAAGAAGGAAUGAACUCUUUCGGACAAGUAUUAUUUCUUUACCUUAACAAGAAAGCAUGUCGUUGCAUCAGUGCUUUCGAUCAGAGACAGUCAGGGCAAAACAGCAUUAGUACGUUUUAAAUUGAAACUGUGGUAGAAAAUAAUUGCAAUGAUAUUUAAAUGUUUUUAUAUUGUUUUAUUACUGCAGCAAGAGAGGAAAUUCCCUCACGGACAGUGAAUGUAUCACACAGACGACAGCUCAUUCAUACGCUGUAACUAUUCACGGCAGUAAGUGAAGAUGAGGAGUUCAACCAACUUAAACUACCUUUCUCAGACUAGUUCUUAGAUAUAGAUUUCUGUCAUCAAACAAAAACAUCCUGAUGUUACAAAACAGGUUAUGCAAGGAAUGAAGGUGUAUUGUGUUUUUGGGGCGACAUAAACUGGAAUAACAACAACUGGAACUGCCAGAGCAGGGAUGGGCCACCAUGCGUCAUACAGGGCUGUGAACAGACAACCUGCCCUCUAUGACUUUGGCUGCCCGUCCCUGUGAUUGAACUUGAAAAACAUGGUGUUAUUUCACAUCCCACUGAUGUUUGUAUUCAAAUAUAAAUGAUCAGGUUUCAUUCAUGUUACAAUAUGUGCAGAAAACAGAGUAGGAAAUCCCAGCCUGUUACACCUGAUCACUCUACAUGAUCGACAUUGUCAUUGUUAGUGUUUUCAUUGUCAUCCAGUUAAGCUAAGAAGAUGCCACUGAGCUCACACGUUUUUCUGCAGAUACUUCUAGUCAGUCGACACUUGAUGUAGUGACUUCAGGCGACUUAUCUUUUUUGGAUAAUAGUUUUGUAAAGAUGGUCUAUAAACAGUAGCCUCAUCCUUGUGUCCUUUGAGGAGUUUCCUGUCAAUUCAAGUCUUAAGAGUAUGUCUAUAGUAUUAUGGAAUAAAUCCCAGGUUGCACAAAGCUACUCUUGUCCUCAUUAAUGUCGGCCUUAAGACGAACGACUUUUCAAGCAGUUUCAAUGUUGCAGACGAAUUCCCAAUGUCGGAAUAAAAUCAUGAGAGUGUUGCCUCAGUUAGUGCAGACUCCUGUGAUCUUGAUUGUUUGAUGGAAGGUGAUCGUAAAACUCAGUCCAGGCUGUCUUCAGUCGUCUUACCGUCUUUAUAUACAGUCAUCGCCACAUUCCCACGGUUUCCUCCCACUAAAAUAGCACAGCUACCAAAUGGAGGCUGGCAGCGAGUUGAGGUGACAAAAUCCAAAAAGUUUGUACACAAAUACAGUUUAUCUUUAUGGAUUAUACUAAUGCUGAAUUGACAGUAAUACUGUUGAAAUAUGACGUCUUUUAGCUUGUGUUCCUAAAGUUAUGUGUUUUUGCAGGCAUGUAAGGUAUUGUUAAUAUGUCAUAUUUCUUAAAGGGAUUUCAGCACAUUAUUUUUCUUUCUUAAUUUUUUUGUUAAUUUUUUUUAUUUAAAUUAAUCAAAAUGUAUUUCAAUUUAUUAGUUUUAUUUCAUUUUUAUUAAUUAAUCACAUAAGGGGGGUGUUAAGUAAAGUUAUUGUUAUUUAAAAUAAAAAAAAAUAUAUAAAAUAAUAUUAAAAAAGAAACGUAGUAUUGAUGACAAUAAUAAUAAAGAAUAAAAACAGUGAUGUUGAAUAAACACAUAUUGAGCAAUCCAGCAGGUCAAAAAGCAAACCAAAGAGCAACAGACAGUUUUAUUUAUUCCUCCUCCCUUUUUCUUUCUUGUUUAUGUUGCUUUUUUUCAAGUGUAACAAUUACAGUGAGAGCUGAAUGUUAGAGCAGCUUAUGGUUAUAAGUAAUAGUGUGGGACCAGGUGGAAAGCGUCUCAGGUCUUGCACCAUUAACCUUGGUAACCGUAAGAUUUUUCACCCGGAGCAGCAUGGGAAUAAUCUCUAAAGGAAUCUAGUUGUAAUCUUGCACAGAAUAAGCCUGCAAGAUCCCCAGUCUUUGCAAAAUCUUAAAGUAUGUGACUGUAAAACUGAUGUUGUCUUUAGAUGUGAGAGGGUGUCAGAUGGGAGGCAUAAAUACAGAUGUUGUGUGCAAGCUUUAUUUAUUUCUUACUGGACAAAAUGACAAAUUAACAUCACAGUAAACAACACUUGAUUUUGCGGGUCAGGUAUUUCUAUAAUAUUUAGUUUCUUAGGCUAUUUAAUUUGAAUUAUAGGAAAAACACUGGGUAGACUUUCAGUUAAUUGCUUGUGUAACUUUGAGUCUUCUGGUCAGUGCAUAGCAGGUGAGCCAGACAUGCAAUUAUUAGGGUUAUUGGUCUACAGACAAGCGUUCAGUUCAACAAAUAUAAUAAUAAAGUGUCCAAUAGUAAAUUAUUAAUGAAUGUUUACUCAGGUUUCUUUCAAGGAAUUACAGUAUAAUAAUUAUGGCAGAACUCCUUUAAAAAAACCCAAGUAAAUAUUUAUUAUAUUAAGUGAAAUGAAGCAUUACCAACAUUCAAUACUGUCACUGUCACAAUGUCUUUGAUGAGCGUCAAUCUGCUGUGCACAACUUCAGUGGUUUGAUGUGACCUGAAGGCU